UUUCUUGUCCUUUAAAGAGGAAACACCAGAAAAGUUGCUAGGUAUUCUUUAAAUCCCUGUUCUCAGAAGGGUCCUUUGACUCAAGAAAGAAAGGAAAACCCCACACUGCCAUCAUGGCAGGGAAACCCAUUCUUCACUACUUUGAUGGACGGGCCAGAAUGGAGUCCAUCCGAUGGCUCUUGGCCGCAGCUGGUGUCGAGUUUGAAGAGAAAUUCAUGAAAACUCGAGAUGACUUGGAAAAGUUAAGAAAAGAUGGGAGUUUGAUGUUCCAGCAGGUGCCCAUGGUGGAGAUCGAUGGGAUGAAGCUGGUGCAGACCAGAGCCAUUCUCAACUACAUUGCUGCCAAAUACAACCUCUAUGGGAAGGACAUAAAGGAGAGAGCCCUGUACGGUGGGAAGGAUUUAGGUUAUGCCUUGAGUGAGAAGAACCAGGGCAGGGAGAUCAUGACCAGCAUCAGGCUGGGCCUGAGCACAAACACUGGUUUUCUCUUUAUCUGGGUGUUAACCAGCCAUGGGCAAGACUACCUGGUUGGCAACAGGCUGAGCAAGGCUGACGUUCACCUCACUGAACUUCUCUACCACACAGAAGAGCUGGACUCCACUGUUCUGGCCAACUUCCCUCUACUGAAGGCCCUGAGAACCAGAGUCAGCAACCUGCCCACGGUGAAGAAGUUUCUGCAGCCUGGCAGCCAGAGGAAGCCCUUUGAUGAUAGAAAAUGUGUGGAAAUAGCAAGGAAGCUUUUCAGUUAAAUGGAGGCAGACAUGGAGACAUACAAUACUGGGCUUUAUCCAAAUGUUGAUCCUGAUUACUAUGAGGCUGACAUAGUUUCCCAAAAUUUCUGUGCUAAUUUAGUUAGAAAGGAGCUGUGCAGAUUUCUUUGCAAUGCAGUCUAUUUGGUUUUGGUGAAGUUUUAUAACCAUGAUCACCACCUGGGAUCUUUUUAAAUUUGAUAGAAUGGAGAAAGUUUCUUAGUCACUGGUCUAUUUAAAAAUUGUCUUAUAACAUCUGUCAUGUACUAUCUCAAAGAAAAUUAGGUAGAAAUUUUCAUCUGAUACUCUGCUUAGGCGAAAAUAUCUUUUU